AUGGCCGCCACCUCACAGCCCCCGGUGCGCUUCACUGGCCAUGAAGGUCUUGCCCUUCGCCUGGUCCUGUCGACCAUCACCGGAAGGGCUAUUCACGUCUCCCAGAUCCGCUCGGCCUCCCUCAAUCCCGGCCUGACGCCCUACGAAAUCUCGUUUCUGCGCCUUUUGGAAGCAGUCACCAAUGGCUCCCACCUCGAAGUCUCCUACACAGGCACCAUCUUGCUCUAUAAACCCGGCCUGAUCACGGGUAGUGCUGCUGGAGUGGGCGCAAGCCGCGGCGUAGUUACACAUGAGCUGCCGGCUGGAUGCACUCGCGGAGUCAGCUACUUUCUGCUCCCCUUGUGCCUCCUUGCCCCCUUCUCCAAGGCCCCCGUGAAUGUCCUUUUCACCGGCCCUGGCGUCAUCACCUCCUCUACCCCAUCGGGUGAUAUGUCCGUCGAUAGCGUGCGGACAGCGAUUCUCCCGCUCUAUGCUCAAUUUGGUAUUUCCAACAACGUUGAAUUGCGUGUGCUGCGGAGGUCAAACCCUGGGCCUAAUGGGAAGGGAGGCGGCGGGGAGGUGCAGCUUGUUUUCGGCCACCAAGUUCGCCUUCCCAAGACCCUGCAUCUCUUGAAUCCCGGCAGAGUAAAGAAGAUCCGUGGGGUAGCGUACUCAACUGGCGUUUCUGGUAGCAAUAACGCACGCAUGAUUGAUGUGGCUAGAGGGGUCCUCAACCCCUUCGUAUCUGAUACCUAUAUCUUCUCUGACGUCUCAUCUGCUCCCUUGGUCCCUGCUCCAGAGAGGAAUAACCCUGCUGCUAAGAAGAAGAUAGGCGUGGGUUUUGGUCUUUCUCUCGUAGCCGAAUCGUCCACCGGCUGUCUGUACUCUGCUGAUGUAGCCUCUCCACCCUCUGGCGGACAGCCUCCAGAAGAUAUUGGGAAGCAGUGUGCAUAUCAGCUGCUGGAGUCGAUUGCUACCGGUGGCUGUGUGUCCAAAGUUGCGGCUCCGACUAUGCUCACCCUCAUGUCUAUGGGUUCAGAGGACGUAGGACGUCUGCAGGUCGGCCGUGAUGUCGUCUCUGAUGAAACCGUUGUCCGUCUUGCCAGGGAUUUGAGCAAGCUUGGGGCCGCCGGAUGGGGUGUGAGAGACGCCCCUGACUCUGACGACGGCGAGAUAAUUCUCAGUGUCGUGGGAAGGGGUAUAGGAAACAUCGGCAGAAAGAUCGCCUGA